AUUCACUUUCAUCUCAAUACAUAUCGAUUCACUUCAUUUCCCUAACUUACAACGCCAAUGCUAGUUACAUUGCCAACCAUUGAACUAGCCCACAAAUUUCUUCAACAAAUCCACUAUUUUUCCUCUAUUCGAUUUCCGUACAGUAUCAAAUCCCGAAUCAAAGCAAUAGAAGAGGUUGUUCCUUGCAAGUACGACUCUCUUCCUCACUGACCGUAUCCUAUUCUUAGUCAAAUACGCUUACUUCUUGUCUUUGAAAACUCUUCCUCAACCUCUCACGGUCUCGUUCUCAUCUAUCUAGAUUCUGAACCGUCUCUCAUCUACGGUAGGUACACAAACUGGACAUAACUUAGAAGAAACACCUGAACAUUUCUUGAAGGCCCGAGAAUCUCGUCGAAGGAGCUCCUGGCUACGGUAGAUCUUUCCUUGUGCCAUUAUAUGUGGACCAAGAGCAGUACAAAAAAGGCUCCCGAGUCGACUGUCCCAGCUCGAAUGUACUUUCCGAUGUCACUCCAUAUAAUAUCCAUUCGAGUCCUACACUAACGCGAGUUCUAUCACAGACGGCUUGAAAAGACGCCAUCAACCUUAGACACGCUUAAGUUUUCCUUCCAACACAACACAAUCACUUCUGAAAUAUCAUCUCAACCAUUCGUCGUGCACAAGCAAUACAUCAUGGGGAACAAGAACGCUCGAGCAAAGAAUUCUAUUGACCUACCAAACUUAACCUUGCCAUUCCCGUCCGCGGUGGAUGGCGAAUCCGCAGUAAAUGCAUCGGCGACCCCAAGCCCCAAAAGUCCUUUAGCAUUUAAAUCAUUCCGCCAGGGAACAUUGAUAACCCCCAACUUCGAGUCCUUGGGUAAAGGAGUAGCAAACUCAUUAUCUGCAACCUCACCAGAGUUUGUCCCGGCCGUUCCUGUCAAGAUUACAUCGUACCCAAAGGUCCAUGAGGAUACUAGUUCGAAAGCUUCGGCAGUCGAAAAAUCACAAAACCCACCGGACUUAUCAGAUCAUGUACAACUGACAGGAACGCCUCACAAAAUUUGUACCGAGGUUGGCCGAUUGAAGGCUAUAACUGAAUUGCCAAUGAAGAUGGAGGCUGGUACCGUCCCGGCCAAUCGGAUCCAGCUAAAGUCCACCAAUACUCACGGCCUUAAUCUGACGACAGCCUUCCAUCGAGUACGAGAUAGUAUGGAUGCUAUCUCCAUUUCCUCUGUCCAAUCUACACCAGAGAAGACCGGAUCAAGCCCCUUUGUCACUCCGACGAAGCUGAAGGAGACCCCACUUUCAACACCAUCUCCCGUUGCAUUCCCCACUGGCCCCAGGCCAAAAAAAUUCCGUUUCGGUCGCGCAGAUAAAAAGAAGAAGGACAUCAUAAUCACCCAACUUGGCGUCAUUAGGAACCUCGCUCUUAUCACCGAGCGCUUCACCGAGAACGGAUAUCCGUAUAAGCAUGCAAGUGCCGACGAAUUCCAACCUGGUGUCUAUGAUGUAGCAGAUACCGUUAGCAAGAUGCCGGCCAAGGAGCGCGAGGGAUUCUGGGCGAAGAAUUGGAUCGAAAUUGAAGUUGAUUUGCGUCCCGAGGAAGAAAUGAUUUCUGUCAAUGCUCAAGUUGAAGGAGAGGAGAAACCGCGCAAGGACUACGACAUGUUGCUCAAGUACAUCGAUAACCUCGGCCCAGACUUUACUGCCCAUGCUAGAUACAUGUUCGUCAGCAUUAUUUUCCCUUCCAUCCCUGAUUCGGACCAAUCUAAGAUCAAUUCUUCUGUUUUGGGCUGCCGACAGACCCAUGAAUUUCAGCAUAUUGAGAAACUCGUAGCUAAAUUGCAACACUUCCGAAAUAUCAAGCGUUUAGAUGUUAUUCUACAAACGCCUUCCAACACCAAGAAGCCGCUUUCGAUUCCCCAGCUCAACUUGGUCCUUCCCUUCUACGACCUUGGGUUUACUGAUUGGAACAUUAAGUGGAAGACGAGUUUUAUGACAAAGGCCGAGCCGGUUGGUGGAUGGCCAAUUCAUUACCUCGACAAGGAGAGAAAUCGGCUCUUGAGGGAAAGAGAGCGAGUCAAGAACGCAGUUUUCGUUAGGAAGAGUCAGUUUGUUACAUGAAGCUAUUCAUAUAACUUGGUUGACUAAACACAAGGAGCUCACAGGAUUGAAAUUAGUACCAACACUCUCAAACUGAGUUGGGUAUACCUGGUUUCUGUUCGCGUUUUCCUUUCUCGCGCACAACGGCACAGCGUUGCGAUUGUUUUAUUGAAUUAGAAAUAUUGCAGAGGGUUCCUACCAGGCGGUUGAUAGUACAACACAAUUAAAUUCGAUACCCCCAUAUUCACUUAGGGAUACUCAGCGCUGCCGUCAUGAUACACUCUAAUCAUAACCACAAAGAGAGUUCUGAAUAGGUUAACUUCCUGAUUUCGGGGCUUGAGGGUGCGAGAAGGUGGGCCAGAGAAUACCUUUUAUUCCAAACAUGAUGAGCGGACCAUAUAAAAUCAAAUAGCAACAUCUU